CAACAUGGACGAGUUUUGAUCAGUUUUCAGUAGUUUUCACUUUUCAGUUUUGAUUCAAUUAUUACAUGAUGAAAUUUAUACCCAACUCUAAUUUUUGGUGCGUGCAACAUUUUAUAUCUAGUUUCAUAUUGAAAUUGCAUCGAGUGCUAUUUCAUUUUAAUUGAGAUAGUUCAUAGCAGUACGUAAAUCUGGAAAAACUUUAGUUAUAUAAUUUUCACAAUGAAUGAUUGUUUAAUACCUACUCCUCGAAGCAGCAAUGAUAAUAGGUGGAUGAGUCAGCAUACCAGGCAAAUACACGAAUGUAAAGAAGCUGAGCCUGAGGUAUUGUUGAUUGGAGAUUCCAUCAUUCAAAAAAUGGCAUAUUUUGAUGAAUUUUGGAGUGAAGUUUCAGGCCUUCAUCCGUUGAAUUUAGGAAUUGGAGGCGAUCGCAUUCAGAAUUUGUUGUGGCGAAUUAUGAAUGGAAGUUUGAAUGAAAUUCAACCGAAAGCUAUUGUAUUGCAUAUUGGUACAAACUGUAUUGGAAACACUCCUGAAGAAAUUUCUGACGGUAUUAUACAGGUUGUUGAUGAGCUAUGCAAAAUUUUUCCAUCUGCAUAUCUAAUUAUUUGGGGACUCCUGCCUCGAGGAGAAUUUCCAAACCUUCUCCGAGAUAGAAAUAUUAAAGUGAAUGAAAUUAUUUUACAGCAUUUUAAUAAUCAUCCAAUGGUGGAAGUGAUCUGUACUGGGGAUACCUUACUGCAAUCUGAUGAUCGAAUCAAUAGAAAAGACAUGUACGAUUAUUUACAUCUUACUGAACAAGGAUAUGUGAAAACAUUUACUCCUGUUUUAAAAAGAUUGAAAGAAAUAUUAAAAUCGUGAUACCUACUUACUACAUAUAAAUUACAACCGGUUUCCUUUUUAAAAAUUUUAAUCAAUUUUUGUAAGUUUUUUAUUUUUUUGUUUUGAUGUGGUUUGAUAGUGAUAGCCGAUAGGCGAUAAUGAUUGUUAUUGUACUGAGAGAUUGAUCAUGAUCAAUUGUGAAUAGGACGAUACUCCUUGGUUUUCCAAUCAGGUAUUCAUUUCUUAAAAGAAAAAAAAAACAAAUCGCACAUUAUAGGUAGUGCUUAUUGUUUACAAAAUGAGAAAUUCAAUGGAAUAGUUGUACUAGCGUUUGAUUAUUGACCAAUUCAAUCGAAGGCUGUACUAGUACAUUACAUUACAAUAUAAAUUACAUUUUCUUUGUUUUGCCUGAUGACCUAAUUAGCUUUUUUCUUGGCAAAAAAAUUGAAAACCAAGAGAUAAGUUCUGUUCUUUGUAACACUCGAUCUCCUUCGUGUUCGUAUCAACUCAAGUUUAUAUCUUAUUUGUGUGUUUUUCAAUUAGUUGCAAAUUUGAUAAUUUUUUAUCGCCGAUUGUUUGUAAAACAUAAAAUAAAUUACAUUAUUUUAAAAUA